AGCUUAAUUAACUGCCUAAAAGAUAAAAAGGCUAAUAAAACGGUUAACUCAUUCGGAGACAAACUCGUACUGCAAAGCCUACGUGAAAAUCGCGUUUCCCGCGCUCUCGUGGCGCACCUUCUUUGUCUGUACAAGAAGUCUAUUAUAUACCCCCCAUCCUGGCCAAGACCACACCUCGCCGUCGCCACCACCUCCCUCGCCGCCGGCAGCCGAGCGGGUCGGUGCCGCCAUGCAGUCGCCAGAGAAUGCGGCACCGCGCGUGUACUUCAUCCCGUUCCCGACGCCGGGGCACGCGCUGCCGAUGUGCGACCUCGCGCGCCUCUUCGCGUCCCGCGGCGCCGACGCGACGCUCGUCCUCACGCGCGCCAACGCCGCCAGGCUCGGCGGCGCCGUCGCCCGCGCCGCCGCCGCGGGAUCACGGAUCCGCGUCCACGCGCUCGCCCUGCCCGCCGAGGCCGCGGGGCUCACGGGCGGCCACGAGAGCGCCGACGACCUCCCCAGCCGCGAGCUCGCGGGGCCCUUCGCCGUCGCCGUCGACCUCCUCGCGCCGCUCUUCGCCGACCUCCUGCGGCGCAGACCCGCCGACGCCGUGGUGUUCGACGGCGUCCUCCCGUGGGCUGCCACCGCGGCGGCCGAGCUCCGCGUCCCGCGGUACGCGUUCACGGGGACGGGGUGCUUCGCGCUCUCGGUGCAGCGAGCACUGCUGCUCCACGCCCCGCAGGACGGCGUCGCGUCGGACGACGAGCCGUUCCUCGUGCCGGGCCUCCCCGACGCGGUGCGGCUCACCAAGUCGAGGCUCGCCGAGGCGACCCUCCCCGGCGCGCACUCGCGGGAGUUCUUGAACCGAAUGUUCGACGGCGAGCGCGCCACGACGGGGUGGGUGGUCAACUCCUUCGCCGACCUAGAGCAGAGGUACAUCGAGCACUACGAGAAGGAGACGGGGAAGCCCGUGUUCGCCGUCGGGCCGGUCUGCCUCGUCAACGGCGACGGCGACGACGUCAUGGAGCGCGGGCGCGGCGGGGAACCGUGCGCCGCCACGGACGCCGCGCGCGCGCUGGCGUGGCUCGACGCGAAGCCCGCGCGGUCGGUGGUGUACGUCUGCUUCGGCAGCCUCACCCGGUUCCCGGACGAGCAGGUCGCGGAGCUCGGCGCGGGGCUCGCGGGCUCCGGCGUGAACUUCGUGUGGGUCGUCGGGGGCAAGAACGCGUCGGCGGCGCCGCUGCUCCCGGACGUCGUGCACGCCGCCGUGUCGUCCGGCCGCGGCCACGUGAUCGCGGGGUGGGCGCCGCAGGUGGCGGUGCUGAGGCACGCGGCGGUGGGCGCGUUCGUGACGCACUGCGGGUGGGGCGCGGUGACGGAGGCGGCGGCGGCCGGGGUGCCGGUGCUGGCGUGGCCGGUGUUCGCGGAGCAGUUCUACAACGAGGCGCUGGUGGUCGGGCUCGCCGGCACGGGCGCCGGCGUCGGCGCGGAGAGGGGGUACGUGUGGGGAGGCGAGGAGUCCGGCGGGGUGGUGGUGUGCAGGGAGAAGGUGGCGGAGAGGGUGCGCGCCGCCAUGGCUGACGAGGCGAUGCGGCGGCGGGCGGAGGAGGUCGGCGAGCGCGCGCGCCGCGCCGUCGAGGUGGGCGGGUCGUCGUACGACGCCGUCGGCGCGCUGCUGGAGGAUGUGCGGCGCCGGGAGAUGGCGGCGGAUCCACGGAACGUGAAGGAAGUAUGA